UAUACAUCUGGCAACUGCAUCUUCAUUCUUUUAUCUUUCCACUCAAUCAUAACUCCUGCUCUACCAAACGUUACACCCCGAGCUAUGAGGGAUCCCAGGUAGAGUCACAGGAUAACCCACCAAUUAUGCAGCUCGGCCGCUACUCUGUCUCCACCCUCCUUCCGCCUCCUAUCCAUUCAAUCACUUUCUCUCCGGAUGGACGUUUCUUUGCAGUCGCAGCAGAGAAGGGCUACGAGAUAUGGAAGACCUGGCCUUUAGGUCUGGUUAGACGGAGAGUCCUCCCUGGAACUCUUGCUCUAGCGGUGAUCCUUCCCCACGCACCAUUAUUAGUUCUUCAAGCAGGAGGGACGGCACCCCUCUAUGCACCCAACAAAAUAGUAAUUUACAAUGACAAGCUUGGGGAGGUCGUUGCGGAAGUCGAGUUUGGUGAACGAAUACGUGGAGUAGUAGCUCGACGAGGAAUGAUCUGUGUCGCUCUUCUCAGAAAAGUUGUUGGAUUUGAAUACGGCUUGGGCUCAGAUGAUGCAGGCAAGGGUAAAAGCAAAAUGAUGGACAGCAACAGCAAUGGAUUCUGGAUCAAAAAAAUUGGCGAGUGGGAAACUGCCAAGAAUGAACAAGGCCUUAUGGCGAUGGCCACUGCACCAGGAUCUACACUGUUAACCCUCCCAGGCCGUCAGCCUGGCCAUGUCCAGCUGGUCCCACUUCCCCCGUGUCCAUCUUCUUCCUCUCCUGGUUCGCCUACUCGUACAUCGGUUACAUCUCAGACGACUUUCCGAUCCCCGAUCAUCCUUGCUCAUACUCACCCCCUUUCAACAUUAGGCAUCAGCCCCUCAGGAUCUCACAUCGUUACCACUUCUGAGCGGGGCACCUUGCUUCGAAUAUGGGAUACAUCAAGGGGAAGGCUGGAAAGGGAACUGCGGAGAGGUGUUGAUCCAGCUGAGAUGUGGGGUGCCACUUUUGAGCGAGAUGGGAAGGGUGCAAGAGUAGCAGGAUGGAGUGACAAAGGAACAAUCCACGUAUGGGAAAGCGAGGAAAACAAGACAGGACAAAAUGGAACGAGGCCAGCAACUCCAUCAAAUGCUUCCUUAACGAACAUACUCUCCCGCAACCUCCCAUUACCCAAAUACUUCUCUUCCAUCACAUCUACGGCCCAGUAUCGUCUUCCUCGCAAGAACCCUCAUGCAUUCAGUGCAGCUUUGGGGGCUGCUGGUGUACCUUCAAUGGCCAUGAAAGAGGCUGUGGACUUGGAGGGCGAAAGAGGCGAAAGAUUCAUUGUCGGAUGGAUCGAAGUAGACGUGGCCGUAGAAGAUCAUAAAGUGGAUGACAAGGAUCGAGCCAAAGAAGACCCCAAAGCUCAAUACCGACCAUCAUCUAAUGUGUCGACAAUGGGUAGCUUUCCUAUUGGCACUCGCGAGGAACGUAUGUCAUUUGGUUCAGAAGGCACGAGUCGCACAGCGACCCCUUUCCAGCGGGUAGAAACACCCACGCCAGGUGGGACUAAGCUGGGUCGAGGACGAGGACGUAUGUCUGGGGGUCCCCAUGUGAGACUAAAGGGCCACUCUGCCCAGCGAACUUCCUCGAAUACUCCCUCUCAGAAGCGGACGGAGAAACAAAUGCAGCUGAUAGCUAUCACUUAUUCAGGUGAUUGGUAUCGACUGAAGAUUCCCGAAGGUGCAGGACGGGGCGAAGGCUCAUCUGGCGGCGAGGAAGGAAAAACGAGUGCCAAAUGCGAAUUGGUAGAGUACAGACGGCUAGCAGUUGGGGGCGGAGGUUGGUAGUGAUCGCUGUUCAUUUUCGAAUUUUUGUCAUCAUCACAGAAUGAACCAUCCAUAUCAUGUGUGCAGACAGUUGCAUUGUUGUAUAUUUGAGAAUACCAUUCUAUGCAUUUUAUUACGAG